AGUUAAACGUUCAAAAAUCUUUCGACGUGUAUGAACUGAGUUGAGUGACAUUGAGUGAUAAAAAUAAUAAUUGUGACUUUUUCGAUUUUUGUGAAUGAUUCGAUGGUGUAGUUUCCUGAACUGUUGAUACUAAACCAGCUUUCUGAGCGAAAUGACUGUUACAGGAAACUUUGGAAUUAUGCACAGGCCUUGCUUUUCUGUUUAUCCCUUUCAAGGACAGGGCCGAGUUAAUCAACUGGGAGGAGUUUUUAUAAACGGAAGGCCACUUCCGAACCAAAAAAGGAGAGAAAUAGUAGAAAUGGCAGCUGCUGGAGUACGGCCCUGUGUGAUUUCUAGACAACUGAGAGUGUCCCAUGGUUGUGUUAGCAAAAUUUUAAAUAGAUACCAGGAAACGGGAUCGAUACGACCUGGUGUUAUAGGAGGUUCGAAACCACGCGUUGCCACACCUGAUGUAGAAAAUAGGAUAGAACAGUAUAAAAGAGAGAAUCCAUCGAUUUUCAGCUGGGAAAUUAAAGAAAGGCUAGUGAAAGAAGGUAUAUGCGAUAGGAGUACGGCCCCUAGUAUUUCUGCAAUAUCUAGACUACUUAGAGGAAGUGGGGCUGACUGUGAUGGAGACGAUAAAUCCAGCAAUAAUGAAGGUGGUUCUGAUUGUGAAAGCGAACCAGGUAUACCAUUGAAAAGAAAACAGCGCCGUUCCAGGACUACUUUCACCGCACACCAACUUGACGAGUUGGAAAAAGCCUUUGAACGAACACAGUAUCCGGAUAUUUAUACCAGGGAAGAACUAGCUCAAAGGACAAAGUUAACGGAAGCCAGAAUUCAGGUGUGGUUCAGUAACCGAAGAGCAAGGCUAAGGAAACAAAUGGCUUCAUCCUCUUACUCUCCUCUGGGAGUUGUAGGUGGGCCAUACAAUGCUCCAACUACACCCUACGCUUCAACUCUUGGACCAGGAAUGAGCGAAAGCACUUUCUCCAGUUCGGCAGCUACAGCAGCCUCUAGUUCGAAUCAAAUUUCAGAUUUGUACCCGACCCACAGCGGACACUCCACUUCUCCGAAUCUACCAAUGUCCGACGUCAAGUGGGAACACCCUCUUCCACACAACCCUUACGCAGCUCAUCCAAUCUACUCCAACCCCAACUUGAUGCCGAUAUCACAAAAUAUGACGCCGGCCACUAGCUUAUCUUCGCCUACGGUAACAACCAACACGCUUCAACCUUUGUCCCAGCCAACUGAAAUGGCAGAAUAUAAAGAUAGAAACGACAAUAACUUACAGCAGUCCCCUAGUCCUCUAGGGCAAGCAGGAUUCGGAAACAUGGCGCCAAAUUCCUCUAGUCUGACUAUGCUGGGUGGAAAUAAUGGUAACAGUAACAGUAACGAUGAUGCUCCUUCCUGCAAUGAAUCCAACACAAUUCAACAUCUACCAUCUCAAUGGCACAUGUCUCCGGGCCAUCAAAUGAGAAAUCUCAGUCCAACUACAAACAACCAAAGUAUUUCAAGCCCUCUUGGACAACUGACUCAACCGCUACCCCAAAGUUUGAGUGGUUUUGGACAGAAUAGUAUGCAGCACAGUAUUUAUGGAUACCACCCGCACCAGCCUCCGAAAUCUUUCGGACACCAACCGUUUUAUGGUUGGUACUGACAUGAUUAAUCAGAAUGUCAUCGAUUCGCUCAUCAGUCCGAUGGAUGAAUUGAAAGUUGAAUACACCGCAAUCCAAAGAAUGCUUUAGUUUUGAAGACUAGAUGAAGUUAUGUAGUUCUUGCUUUAAAUUUGAAAAUCAAUUAUUGUUGAACAACCAUUGCAUGUACGGAUUUCUCUCUUGAAUCUUCUGCAGAAAUGACUGGAGAAAAUUCAACACUUUCAAAGAAAAAUGUACCAUUUUUCAAAAGGGACCAGUACCAAAUUUGUCAUCAUAAAAUUCUACAAAAUGUAUGAGUUAGUUCAUGUUUUGGCAGAAUUGUGUUUAUCAUAAGGUACAGAUGCGGAAGAAUAUUAAUUUUUUUAUCACACAAAAAAUUAAGAAGAAACUUUCCUCAUCUAGACGUAGCAAUUGAACUAAUAAAUUCAGAUUGUACUAUAUGUCCGAAGUUAGUUUACAAAUGUGUGUUAUAACAAACAAAACAAUUGAAAUAUCUGCAUACAAUUUGAUAAACCAGUUAUGAAAUCGUCAAAUAUUGUAAUUGGAAACAUUUAGUUUAGUGUUACAUACUUACAAUUCGACAUGAUACCUUUUCAAUUAAAAACAAGAGAUUCUUUUUUUUUGUAUGUUAUGUCUUACAAUAAUAGAAGUACUCACAAAAAAUAUCAAAAAUCAACAAAAUGAAUAUUAUAGCCAAAAUCUUCCUGAGCGAUUAGAGUGAUAGUGCCCAUAAUUUGUUAUAACAAAUUUUGCUUGGUGAAAUUCAAUUCAUUUUGAUAUUUUUAUUGAGUUUAGUUCAAACCAGUGAUUAAAAUAAUAUAUUUAAGAAAAUACAUGUUUUCUGGAAUGCAGAGUUAGGAGUAACUUUGAUCAACUUUUCUACAGCAGAGGGAAGUUUUGUUCAUAUAUGUUUUCAUCUAGCAAUAUUAUUUAUGUUUUCUGUUCUCAAAAGAAAGUUGAACUCCAGCCCGAUUACAUAUUUUAUAUGAUAUUCAUAGAUUAUGAGAUAAAUAAUACAAAUAACUUUCAACAUUGAUGCAAAUUUCUGAGAAAUUAGUGAAUGAAUUUAUAUGAUCUUAGCUAAUUAUUCCCAAAGAAAUUAUAGUUCAUUUUAUAGGAGUGUCUAAAUUCUGCGAAACUAAAAUCAAGUUUUUUUAUAUAUCCUAACUAUGAUAUUAUUAUCCCCCUUAAUAGAAUACCCUCUAUAUAUGUGUAA